AGCCUUCUGUCUAGCGCUGCUGUGGCAGCUCAGACUCACCAACCUCGCAGCGUGCGAGAUGGUUGCCGGCCUCCGGUCCUUUUUGCAGUUGGGGAGCUGAAGCUCCGUCUAGAGCGCUCGCCUAAGCUCGCGGGGGGCGUGCAAUGUACAUGUGGCCUUUGAAUCUAGCCCGCGGCGUCCUGCUCAUCAAAGAUGAGGGUGCUCGGAGCUGGUGGAUCUGCUGGGUCCUUUUGGAAGGCGUCUAAUAAAAAUAUGCCGGAGCGAAUUGUGCAAACAGCUGCACAGCAAGUGGCUGAAGAUAAAUUCGUUUUUGACUUGCCUGACUAUGAAAAUAUCAACCAUGUUGUGGUUUUCAUGCUGGGAACAAUCCCAUUUCCUGAGGGGAUGGGAGGAUCUGUCUAUUUUUCCUAUCCUGAUUCCAAUGGAAUGCCAGUGUGGCAACUCUUAGGAUUUGUCACGAAUGGAAAACCAAGUGCCAUCUUCAAAAUUUCAGGUCUUAAAUCUGGAGAAGGAAGCCAACACCCUUUUGGAGCCAUGAAUAUUGUCCGAACUCCAUCUGUUGCUCAGAUUGGAAUUUCAGUGGAAUUAUUGGACACUUUGGCUCAGCAGACUCCUGUAGGUAAUGCUGCUGUAUCCUCAGUUGACUCAUUCACUCAGUUCACACAAAAGAUGUUGGACAACUUCUACAAUUUCGCUUCGUCAUUUGCUAUCUCUCAGGCCCAGAUGACACCAAGUCCAUCAGAAAUGUUCAUUCCAGCAAAUGUGGUUCUGAAAUGGUAUGAAAACUUUCAAAGACGACUAGCACAGAACCCUCUCUUUUGGAAAACAUAAUUUGAAUAAAAUAAUUUUUAAUGGAU